UUUUUUUUUUUUUUUUUUUUUUUUUUUCACGCAUUUCAACGGGUGUUGUGUGAAUACUAAGUCCGAUGACCACAAUACUGCUUCUUUCCUUUGUGUAUCUAUCAGCGGCAGAGGUCUUGAGCUGCUCAAGAGUGGAGAUAUUGGAAGAAGGUAAGAGAGACUGGGGGGUCGGCGGACCAUGGAACCACCACUCGAGGUCGGGGCGACGAUCUGGAGCACCGUGUCGACGUCGCGGGAGCUCAGGGCGUCAUAAAGGGCGAGCACCACCCUUCGAUUGCUGGACUUAGCGUCUUCCAGAGCUUCCAGAGAGUUAGCCAGUCGUAAUCGUGCUUUCCGCCGUCUGUAGAUGACAACAGAUCAUCAAUGCCAGUUCUUCCCACCUUGGCCGAUCCAACUGACAGCCUCCCCAUCUUCCUCCGUCAACGGCUGGGCGGUGAAAUCGCAGGGAGUGGAGAAUGAGCGACUGCACGAAAUAGAUCCCGAAGAAUCCAAGCAAGUAGAUGAAGGAGGCGACGAACGCGAGUAUCGCGACGAUCUCGGAGAAGUUCACGACGUGGAGCGGCGUCGAGGUCCUGAUCUUCCUCUAUUAUUUUCUGAAGCUCAGCAUCUGCCCAAUCUUCAAUUCUGUCUGGGUUUUUUACGAGAGGCAAAUGAUCGGCUGCGACCAGUGCAAGCAGAUCAAGGUCGGGAGAAUGAUGAGUUUUCCGGCGAGGCACUCGUAGAGACGCUCACGAAGGGUAGCUUCUAACUGAGUACUCAUUUUGGGCUUCCUGCUCGACCCUGUAGUCAUCUUCGUCGACAAUGGCCUUCACCAGCCUCUCCAGCUGCUUCUUUAUCUCCACGGCCUUCGCCUUCUCCGCCGCCGUGGACGCAUCGGCGUCGGUCACAGUUCCCUCCCCGGAGACGAAACCUUUCCUGGCCAUUUGCGGAGGAAGGAAGAAAAAUUGAGAUCAGGGGUUGCUGUUGCUCUGAUUAUUCGUCUCAGAUGAAUGGGACGUCGAGAAUUGUAGACCGUUGCUGCAGCUGCAUCGUCUCGUCUGUCAGAGGAAGGCGAGAGAGACACAGAGAGAGAUGCUCUGUUUUCCUGGAUUUCUUUUUGUCUUGGUUUCUGUGUGCGACUGAUUGAUGGAGAUGGAUCGCCCGUUGGUGUAGAAAUCAGGGACGCCGCCGCCUCCUCCGCCAUUGAAGCCUCCCGAUUGCAUUUUUUUUUUUUUUUUUUUUUUUUUUUUUUUUGGUGCC